CUUCUCAAAGAUUUCAUCAUUAUAUAAAUAUGUAUAUAUAUAUAUAUAUAUAUUAUAAAAGAUAAAGGAUUUAUAUAUCUAUGCUCAAAAGAAACCUAAAAGAGCAAACUAAACGCACACCCAAAGAAAAAGAAAAAUGAAACUUCUCAAAUUAGCCAUAAUAUUUUUUCUUGUACUUGUACAGUUAAAUCCAUUGGCAGAAUCAGCUACUUCAACACUAGAAAACUUCAUCCAAUGUGUCUCAAUUAAUUCAGAUUUUUCAGUGUUACCACUCUCAAACAUACUAUUCUUUGCUCCAAACACUUCUCUCUACACUUCAGUCCUUCAAUCUUCAGCUCAAAACCUCAGAUACUUAACUCCUCAACUCCCAAAACCUCAGUUCAUCUUCACACCUUUACACGAUUCCCAUGUCCAAGCAGCUGUUAUUUGCUCAAAAAAGCUCAAAUUAUACCUCAGAGUCCGAAGUGGAGGCCAUGAUUAUGAGGGUCUCUCCUACGUUUCACAAAUUGAAACCCCUUUUUUCCUUUUAGACCUUGCAAACCUCAGAACAGUCGAAGUGGACAUCAAGAACAAGGCGGCAUGGAUUCAGGCCGGUGCCACCAUCGGCGAGGUUUAUUACAGAAUUUAUCAGAAGAGCAGAGUCCAUGGCUACCCUGCUGGACUCUGCACCACUCUAGGCGUUGGAGGUCACAUAACCGGUGGCGCCUAUGGCUCCAUGAUGAGAAAAUUUGGUUUGGGAGCUGAUAAUGUUGUUGAUGCUAAAAUUGUUGAUGCAAAGGGAAGAUUACUUGACAGAAAAGCCAUGGGAGAAGACCUGUUUUGGGCCAUAAGAGGUGGUGGUGGAGCUAGUUUCGGCAUCAUAUUAUGGUGGAAGAUUGAGCUAGUACAAGUUCCAGCCAAAGUGACAGUUUUUACAGUUAGUAAAACGUUGGAACAAGGAGCAACUAAGCUUCUUCAUAGGUGGCAACAAGUUGUUGAUAAACUUAAUGAAGAUCUAUUCAUAAGAGUGAUUAUACAAUCGGUUAAUAAAGGCAAGAACACAACUCAAAAGACUAUUUCCACUUCUUACCAAGCUCUGUUUCUUGGAGACACUAACAGACUCCUUGAUGUUAUGCGUAAGAGUUUUCCUGAAUUGGGUUUGACAAGAAAAGAUUGUGUUGAAAUGAGCUGGAUUGAAUCUGUGGUUUACAUCUCUGGAACAUACCCAAGUGGAACCCCACCUGAGAUUUUGCUCCAAGGGAAAACGACAUCAAAAGUUUACUUCAAAGCAAAAUCUGAUUUUGUGACUGACCCAAUACCAGAAACAACACUAGAAGGGGUUUGGAAAAGGUUUUUGGAAGAAGAUACUCCUUUAACGAUUUGGACACCAUAUGGGGGAAUGAUGAGCAGAAUUCCAGAGACCCAAAUCCCAUUUCCACACAGAAAAGGAGUCAUUUUCAUGAUUCAAUACCUUACGGCUUGGUUCGAUGGAAGCCCAAAAAGUUCAGCUAAACACGUGAAGUGGAUUCAAAGGCUUUACGAUUACAUGGGUCCAUAUGUGUCUAGAUUUCCAAGGGAAGCUUAUGUGAACUAUAGAGAUCUUGAUCUUGGAGUUAAUACUAACAACUGUUCAAGUUUCAUAGAAGCAAUUUCUUGGGGAACAAGGUAUUUCAAGUGUAAUAAUUUCUACAGAUUGGUGAGGGUGAAGACUGAUGUUGACCCUGAAAAUUUCUUCAGGCACGAACAGAGUAUUCCUCCUCUUUUUCCACCCACGCCUGAAGAUGAAUAUUCGAGUAAUAAUAUAUCAGAAGGUACUUGUGAAAACAUGUAAGUGAAUGGUCAUCAUUGUUAGUUUAAUCAAUUAAGUUAUAUGUUUGCAUUGAUUGGUGUGGAGAUGAUAUGUUAUCGUUUGUAUGUAUGAUGUUCAUUUGUAAAAUUGAGUCAAUGUUUUGAAAGUGAUGUACUGCUUUUGGGUGGUGUUACUAUAUCAGUGAACAAAAUUCACUGUUUUAUCUACUGAAUUUUAACUUGUAAUUUAAAAGUUCAUUUGUUUGGACUCAUUAUUGUAUAAUUAUAAGAUAAUUGCACUUAAAUUAUCUUAAUAUUUACAACUAUUAUAUAUAUAAUCUUAAUAAAAA